AUGAAAAUUAAAAAAUACAAACACUAAAGAUCUAAAUAUAAAAGCAUAAAUUCUUGUGAAAGAGCACUUAUUAUUUAGUAUAUUGAAGAGUACAAGUACUCGCCCUCUAAUGUAUAACAUUUUUUUAUUUUCAGGUUUCUUUGAUAACAGGGCACAAUAUCUCAACAAUAAAAGCCAUUUAUUAAGUUUAUAAAAAGGAAGGGAGAAUCUUAAAAAAAGAAAGGAGGGAUAAAAUUUUAAACUCAGUUGCCUAAGUCUAAUUAUUUGUUGUUGAUGAUAUGUAUAAUAUUAUACUAAUACUUAAAGGAAUGGACAACUUAUUAAUUUAGGAUACUAAACUUACGAAUUUAAAGUUCGUAAUGAUAAUGAUAGUUCAGCAUAAGAAUUAAAAGAAUAAAUGAUAAAAGAGUUAAUGUAAGAAAAGCAAUCUCUAAUUCUAAGCUUGUUAAGUAACUAGUAAGCUGUACAACGGUUUACAAAUGAUAUAAACACAUUAAUGCAACAGAAAAAUAUCACCAAUUAGUUUGGUUUCAUAAAUCCCAUUUCUUCACUAAAUUGUUUAGAAAAACAAUAAAUCUAAUUUGCAAGAAAUCAAAUUCGAGAAAAAUGUUCUAAUAUUAAUUAAAUUCCAUUAAUGCUAAAUUAUAGUUUAAACUCAUAAAUUUUAAAGAUUCUUGCUGAAUAGCAUAAAUAAAUGAAGUCUUGA